AUGCGCCCCGGACAGGAGUCAGAUAUGGCUAGCGAGCCAUUUAUCUCCAGUGCUGAGAGUUCGCGUUCUCCAAACAAUGAAGACCAGACAGAAAAUAAAGCGAAAAAUACACCAGCGACUCGACUUCAUCGAUCCGCGUUUGUUGCUGUUGGGCUUGUUGCUCUGUACGCGGCGCUAGUGCUCUUCUCCUGGAUUGUGAUAUGCAAGCUCACAUAUCGACCCAUAACCGCGAACCAUUAUGGGGUCUGGAUAUCGAAGAAGAAAGUUGACGGUUAUGGGUGGACGAAGGCAGAAACGAUGUUGGCGAGAUACAAGCAAAAUGAGAGAUGGUAUCAAGCGGCUCGGGUCGCCCAGGCGAUUGCCGGUGUCUUGACUAUCCCGCUCACGUCUGCAGUGUGCUCAAGUGCUGCCGUGGUAUAUCUUCAAUACUCCCGCGAUGGGCGACCUCCCACCCUGAGUCUUCGAAAGAUGAUGACGCUAGCCGACCGAGGUUGGACUGACAUUGCGACCUAUUGCCGGCUAUUAAGAGGCAAGUACCCUCGAUACGGCAGUACCUUUCUCAUCUGGGCGGUGUUAUUGCACAUCCUCGGUGCCCUCAUAUCUCCACUACAACAGCUAUUCCUCUCUACGGAGAGUAUCAAAAUACCAACAUUUCCAACUGAAGUCGAUUUCCUUCUUGAUAUUCCAGACAAGUUUGAGGAUGUGAACAAUGGAGCGGGCGACCCUACAGUCAAUAUCCUUCGUGAAUACCUCACCUCUUGGUCUGGCAAUGACAAACCUUCCCAGCUGUGGGCCGAAGAUUCCAACUGUACGCGAUUCGGAGAUAUAACGACGCCCGCGAGACAAAUGUGUUCCGACGGAAUUCCACCCUUGGGAAAGAUCUCGAUGUUGACUAACCCAUUCAUCGCUCAGCUGUCAAGGGAGUAUAACACUGGUUUGAUCCAACAGUUUCUUCCUCGUUUCAACGCGUCCACACGUUACGAAAAUAUUUCGUCUGAGGAAUUUCCAACGAAUUGCGACAAAAUACCAGGGGCUUUGUCUAUCUACCAAAGCAACACUCCUACUAGUAUCCGGAAUGAUACCUCUGAAGACUUAUCUUGGGCUCUCCACGCCUGUAUGCCUACCGAUGUGCGAAUAACACCAUGGAAAAAUACACGUGCUCGGCAAGACUUUACCGAAGUCCUCUUCCUGAAUAUAUCUCUUUCCAGAGACCUCAGCGAUUACCUCGGUGAAAGCCGCCGGUCAUUUAUAGCUUCUCAAUAUAUCCGUGUGACAGUGAACACAACUGCUGGAUACUUCGAGUUACCCAACUACAUGAACGGAGAGAGAAGCGGGGCCCCUCCUUCGAGGGGACCCAACCGAACACUGCGGAAACUCUUGCUACAGACAAGGAAUUACAAGCAAUGA